UUUCCGCCACCGACAAGGCCAAGAGCUUCGGUCUGGAUGAUGGAGACGUGUACAUGUCGUCCUCUGAAAACAGAUUUCGUCAGUUCAGCUCAGUGGAGUACGACGGCCAGCUAUACAUGACUCCACUCAACUUCAUUGAAUCUGUCACUCUGAAUGAACCUAAAGGUAGAAGAGCUUGGAGGUCACUUACUAAAAAGGAUUUAGACAAGAUGUUGGCUGACACUCCGGCUGUUUGGAAAGGAUCAUCCAAUUUGUUUAGGAAUCUUCGUGAAGGAGGUGUCAUCAGUUACACAGAGUACCUUUUCCUGCUCUGCAUUUUAACAAAGCCCCAUGCAGGCUUCAGGAUUGCUUUCAACAUGUUCGAUGCAGAUGGGAAUGAGAUGGUGGACAAAAUGGAGUUCUUGGUGCUUGAAGAAAUCUUCCGCAAGAAGAAGGACAGAAAGGAAGUGAGUGAAGACGUGCAAAGGUUGGACCAGAAGGUGGAUGAAAAGACAGAGACUACGCUGCUGGUGCAUUUCUUUGGGAAAAAAGGCAAAGCUGAAUUGAAAUUUGAAGAUUUCUACAAGUUCAUGGACAACCUGCAGACAGAGGUGCUUGAGAUCGAGUUCCUCUCCUACUCCAAAGGCAUGCCCACUAUCAGCGAGGAAGACUUCGCCCGGAUCCUCCUACGCUACACCAACGUGGCCGACGUCAGCGGGUACCUGGAGAACGUGCGACACAGCCUGCCGGAUGAAAUGGGAAUCACCUUUGACGAGUUCAGGUCCUUCUUCCAGUUCUUAAACAACCUGGAGGAUUUUAAAAUCGCAAUGCAGAUGUACAACUACGCCAACCGCUCCAUUGGUCAAGAGGAGUUUACUCGAGCUGUCUACGUGGCCACGGGCAUCAAGCUGACCCGCCACCUGGUCAACACCGUCUUCAAGAUUUUCGACGAGGAUCACGACGACAAACUGAGCCACAAGGAGUUCAUCGGCGCCAUGAAGAACCGGCUGCAUCGUGGCAAAGGGGGUGUCAGAGUGGAGGAGAAGUUCAUCUCUUUCAAGUCCUGCAUGAAGAAGGAGCUUGCAGGCAAAUAGGUGAAGAUCCCUUCAUCAGUAGCAUGUCUUACAAACGGAAUGAACCUCCGCCUCCUCCCUCAUCUCUCAUCAGGCAAAAGGGUUCAUGCAUGCUACAGCGUCUUAAUGCUUUGAGUUAGAAAUUUUCAAAUAAACAGGAUGUUGCACAAACAGGAAGUGGUCGAGCUAAUGUGAAGCUCUUGCAAGUGCUUAAACAAACAAAAGUGACCCAUAAUGAGAACAUCCAUAGAACUGGUGUGCUGCAGGACUCUAAAUUGCACUAAUUACGGAUGCCUAACCACUGUUUGCCUGUUCAGAACUAUUUAUUGAAUUAUCUACAUGUAAAUAUAUUUAUUGGUUGUAAGAUUUCUAGCACAGAUUUUACAUAUUUAUCUAAAACCUUAUCUUAUUGCUGCUUUUCCAGUGUGCGUUGUUUGUUGGCUCUGCAGCCCCCUGCUAAGAUCAUCGUAGGACAGCAGCACCUCCCUCCCCCCUUCAU